CCCGAGAGAGCUGCAACAGCGUGUGGACUCCAUUGAAAAUGGGGCCUUAAUACCUCCAACACGAGAGCAUACACGAGGUCCAACACGGAGCCAGACGUAUGCAUGGGCAUCCUAAAAACCUGAAGCAUACAGAGAACCCCAACAGACCACAACAGACCGGACGAGGUCGAGCCCAGUUACUGAACCCCCAUCCCCCUGUCCCCUUUCCCCCCAGCUCUGCAAGGCUGCAUCCACCACCACUCUGCAUUCAUCUCCCUCAGCAGUAAUUUACUGUGCUGAUCAGACAACCUCACACCACUGGGACUGGACAGGAGACCCAGAGGUUCCCCUCGCUGGAACUAAGCUGUGCCUGGCAAUGCCUCAGCCCAGCGUCAGUGGGAUGGAGCCUCCCUUUGGGGACGACUUUCAGAACUACUCGUUUGCUGACCAGGCCCUGACCAGCACCGAGCUGCUCGCCACGAGCGCUGACCCAGAUUUCAUGUACGAACUGGACAGAGACAUGACCCACCGGCAGAGCCCCUGUGGGGACAGUGUGGUGGGGGUCGGGGACGGAGGCAAGGAGGUGGAGGGCUGUGUGGAUCAGCUCAUGGGUCUGGGCGAAUGUGAGACGGUCUACAGCAGCUCAGCGUUCGAACAGUGGGACUCCUACUGGGAAGACCUCACCAGAUACACGCGGCUGGCCAGCUGUGACAUCUGGGGCACCAAAGAGGUGGACUUCCUUGGAUUGGAUGACUUUUCAAGCCCCUACCAGGAUGAGGAAGUGAUUGGCCGAACCCCGACGCUGGCUCAGCUCAACAGCGAGGAUUCGCAGUCUGUGUGUGAGGCGCUCUACCCCCCUGCUGACCUGACCCUGCCUGCCCCCCAGCCUCCGCUGUCCCAGCUUCCCUGUCACAGUAAGAGACCCCUGGUCCCUGGCCAAGGAUCGGGCCCCGGCAUUGCACGGCCCUCCCCGAGCUCCACAUCCUCCUCCCGUCCUUCCCGCAGCCUUCUCCCAGACUUCCCUGAAGGCUCCCAAAAAGCCACCAGGCCUGUCGCCUCCAGCACCGAGACUAUGGCCAAGACCCAGAACCACCUCAGUUUCAUCCAGGACCACACCCAAGUUCAAACCAAGACUCAGGGGCAGGGAGCCAAGAUGGCAGCCCCAGCCUCCAACGGCUCUGACUUUGUGCGGAAGGCUAAAGUCCGUGUGAGCGCUGUGCAUAAAGCUCAGCCCAACAUGCCUUCCCCGACUGAUUCAGAUACCCCUUUACCACUCUCCAAACCCCAAGAUGAGAAAGCCUCCACUUCAGCUAGCGCCACCUUGGUGGGACUUCCUGCUGCUGCAGCCAGUUGCUCCGGCAGCUUUGAGAGGAGGGCAGAGGGGGCGGGGAGGAGAGAGAUGCCUGUAGCCUGGUCUGCCACUGUGCCUCAACUGGUCGAGGCGAGCCAGGCCAUGGAGGGCAGCACCUCUGGGCUGGUGAGCAGCGGCGAUAGCGUGCCAGGGGUUAGCGGCGGCGUUCUGGUUGUCGAGGGCACGGAGAAAAGCAAGGAGGAGGAGCACAACUACUCUCUCUUCCUGACCCGCAGACUGGCCGGCAGAGCCCACUCCCAGCUGGAGGAGGAGGAGGAAGAGGAGGAGGAGGAGGAGGAAGAGGUGGAGGAGGAGGAAGGAGAAGGGCUGGAGCUAGACGACGAAGACCACGAUGAGGGUUUCGGCAGUGAGCACGAGCUGUCUGAGAACGAGGAGGAGGAGGAGGAAGAGGAGGAGGACGAAGACUACGAAGCAGACAAGGACGACGACAUGAGUGACGCCUUUUCUGAGCCAGGCUGUGACGUGGAGCUGAUGGAGGACAUUAAAGGCCUGACAGCAGGAGUCUCAAGCCGAAAGAGAGGCAAGCGUCGCUACUUCUGGGAGUACAGCGAGCAGCUCACCCCCUCCAAACAGGAACGUAUGCUUAAGCCGUCUGAGUGGGACAGACAUACGCUGCCUAGCAACCUGUACCAGAAGAACGGGCCUCUCCAUGGAAAGUACAUGCUGAAGAAGUCUCGUCGCACAGAUGUGGAAGACUUGACUCCCAAUCCACGCAAGCUGCUGCAGAUUGGCACUGAGCUCCGCAAACUGAACAAGGUGAUCAGUGACUUGACCCCUGUCAGCGAGCUGCCGCUCACUGCACGGCCAUGGUCCCGCAAGGAGAAGAACAAGCUGGCGUCCAGAGCUUGCCGUUUAAAAAAGAAAGCUCAAUAUGAAGCAAACAAGGUGAAGCUCUGGGGACUCAGCACAGAGUACGAUCGGCUGCUGUUUGUGAUCAACGCCAUCAAGGAGGAGAUAGUGGUACGAGUGGAGGACUCUUCUCCACGUUCAACCAACAUGACUGACACUCUGGACAGGCUCAUCCAGGAGACACUUGUGGCACCACCUGUUGCUGGGCAGACUUCGGACUUCGUCAACAAGAUCUUGGAGAACACAGGACGCGGUGAUCCCACUGGCGGACUGGUCGGCCUGCGAGUCCCCACCUCCAAAAUCUAGACGAACUGCGGUCCACUGAGAGGAGUGGACUAAAUAUUACCACCGUGCUGUCCCAUUGUAACUAUGCUCCCCUCUGCAUGCCCCUCCAACCCAGAGUACAUAUACAUCGUUAGCCACACAAACACACAUACCACUCCCUGUGUGUAUGUAUGUGUGCUUGUUUUAGCCAUGCACCUGUAUGGCGUACACCCUAGCUUUCUGUCUCUGCGCACUGCGCGCAGAGUCAGAGCGUCACUGUCUCCCAACCCAUCAUGAGCGCCGGGAAAAGCGUCUCUGUAGGCAAGUGAUGGUUAGGUGUAUAGCUAAUAGCACGUCCUAAAUCCACUGGUGAUUAUUAGAUGUGUUUAACAUAGCAUUGUGUAGGGUCGGUUCUGUCGGAGGUCUGCUUCCUGCAGAGCCAGACCAUGGCUGAGACGGGAGACAGUCACACGAGUGUAACCACUGGAAUACUUUCACAGGUUGUAAUGACAGAGGAAGAAUUGUUACACGUUGGAGGAAACCAUCAAAGGAUAAAAAAAAAAAAAAAAAGUUCCAGUCAUCAUUUCCUAGAACAUGGCAACAAAGAUUAACUCCAGGAUGUUUAAAUUGACACACUCAGUAAAGCACUUUGAUGACAAUAGCUUUGGUUGCCGAGACAGCUGCAGAGAAAAAAGCAGCGUGCUCUGAGGCGUCACGGGGUGGCAGGAUAUAUUUUGUAUUGAAGGCCUAAAUAUGUUCAUGCCAUCUCCUCAGCUCUGCUGUUGUUACCAUUUAGCAUCUUUUAAUGCUUGAAACAAAAAUCAGUAGUGGCUAAAAGUUAAAAUUGAAAAAAUAAGCAACAGAAAUCCUGUUGGUCUGAAGUUUGAAGCAGGCAGGAAGAAUAAAGGCUAAUUUUGACAAAAACAACAGGAUGCAGUUGACUGUGUGGAGAGGAAGCGCAUGUAGUUUGGUGCUUUUUUUGGCCUUGUGCUGGUUAUAACUGGACUGGGUGAAAUUGGCAUUUUUUGCCAGCGUGGGAGCAGACUUGUGAGGAAGAUGAUGGUGGUGACGUUGAUGAAGAUGACAUAAACAGUGACCCAUCUCCUCCUAGAGCUGUAUAUAAAAGUGUUUCCCAGUGGGGGAAAAAAAUGGCACCGGCUCCCCUUUUUGUACAGUAGAGUUGACCAGGCUAACAGUUUGGUGUGUUCAUACUAGUGUUUGAUCAGAGUUCUAUUCAUUGUGCCUUGUGUAUGUAUGUGUGUGUGUGUUUCUGUAAGUCUGAGUGAGUGUGUGAGAGGGAUUGAGAGAGAAGAGGUGAUCGGUCAGACCUCUCUGAUGUUCAGCUAAGGAGAGGACUACUUUACACUGAGUGAGAUCAUUAGUGGAUGCAUGGAGGGAGACACCUGUAGGGUUGGUUGUGUAUUUCAGUUGUUUAAAGAUAUUCUGAAUGUACAUAAAAAAAAAAAAAAAAAAAAGGAAGCUCUCGUUGCGUGAUGCCACAGAGUCUGUGUAUAUAGGAGGGCUCUGCAAUAGAUUACUUAUGGUUUUUGGUACUCUGUCUUUGGGGAUUGGGGGAGGGUUCACAGAUAUUUUUAGUUUAGAGUUACAAAAAAAUAUUUGCACACUAUAUUUUGAUUGUUUUUUGUACCAAAGACACAUGCAACGAAAUGGCGACCAGCCAGUUAAAGUAAGGUUUUGCACAGCUUACCUGACGCCGUAUUGAAUGUAAGAAAUGUGGGAGGGUCAGGAAACUUCAUAGAACUGUGAAAUUAGCUUGGGUCCAAUUCUGUACAGAAAAGGAACAUUCAUUAAUUUUUUAAAAUCUAAAAAGUUAACCCCAUCUGUGGGCUUCUCCAGUAGAUUUGUUGCUUAGGAAGCACUUCAUUCCUGAACUGAUUCCUCCCUCCACAAGCUAAUUGUGUUAAUGGCGCUAUCUAGGACAAAAACCAAGAGCGCUAGUAGAUAAGCUAUGUUACAUUUUUGCUUGUUUGUCAAAAUGUCACCAAGAAUAACCAAAAUGUUAUGUUCCUGUGUCACUUUGUUUGAUUUCUGUAUGUAGACGAGGUCUAGUUCAUCAACAAAAUAUUAACUGAAUUGUGUUUUAAAGUACUGUAUAUAGAAACAUUAAUGAUAUAUCUAUCAAUGGUGAAAUGCCACUUUUCAUGACAAUUGGUUCAUUUUUAAGCAUGACACAUUUCUAAAGCAUAUCCUUGCAUUGAGAAAGUUAGAGGAAAAAAUAUAAAAAAACCAAACAAAAAAAAAGUUCUUGUUAUAUUUUUAUAUUUUAGCUGCUUGCUAUCUUUCCUGUUGGUUUGGAGGUAUUCAUUGGUCAGAUUCAGUGGAGGGAAAAAAAAGGAGAAGGGUCUUAAAGAGCAGCCAGUCAAUCUGAUAGUUUGUACACGACACUUGACCUCUCCUGUCUCCUUGCUGUCUGAGUGAAAUACAGAGAAUCAGGACUGGAUUUAUUUAAAACACACAAUGCAGCGAAGCCAUGGUCUAGUUUUGAAUGGUCUAUAAAGAGAAUGAGGACAUGCUGUCUUUAGCGAGGACAGUGACGGGUGCGAGAAAGCAAGAAACUCGGAGGACAACAGUGUGGAGGUGUGAGGGCAGAUAAGGAACCAGCUGCAGUGUUGUCAGAGAUGCUGUUAGAAAGCCAAAGCCAUUUUGAAUUUGUCCCAGAUUGAUCUGAAUUCAGCACUGCACAUUGUCUUAUUCCCUCUUUAAACCAUGAAGUCAGUUGAAUUUUUGCAUUUCCUGGGAAUGACGUUGCUGUCUUUGAGGUUGUGUCGCUGAAUUUUAUCUGUGCCUGGCCUUGCCUUCGGUCCUCAGCUUCCAUCCCUCUCGACUGAUCACAACAGUUAAAAAAAUCACUUUGUUCACCAGAACACACACACACACACACACAGUUACAGUAAUAAGGCCACAAACUGGCACCGUGUUCAACCUUUAAAAAUGCAUGAUGCCUGUAUGCUUACCUCCCUGCUGCCUCCUUGGAGGAAGCACUGACAUUCCCAGGAAUUUCAAAAUUCAGCCCAAAUUCACUCGGUUAGUGGGCUAAUAAAACAAAAUGUGUCUGACGAGGCUGAAUUCAGCUUAGUUUGAGUUGAAGAACGUACACCGACGAUGGUGAUGCAGAGCUGUGGUUUUUCUGUAUCGUGUGAUUGAAUAACAGCUAGUGCUACACAAAUAUGUAUUUAUAUAUAUAUAUAUAUGUAUAUAUAUAUAUACAUAUUUUUUUUUUUUACUGUUUUCUGUUCCGUCUAAAAAGGGAGAAAUGGUGCUUUUUCUGAAACUAGAAUGAUGAGUAUCCAUGAUUCUUAUUUGACUUCUUAGUCUAGUUGUAGCCGAAUGACUUGCUCUCCCCCCUACCGUCCACAGCUAUUUUCUUAGUAGUGAUUCAUUUUUGUAAAUAGACUAUAAGUUAAUAUGUAUCUUCUAAAUGUUAGAUAUAUGUAUAGAAUACUCUAUCUUAUAUGUUUAAAAACAAAAGCACUUUGUCCAAAAAAGGAAAAAACAAAACAAAAAGAAAAGCAUUUUUUUUCUUCCAUUUGCUGCUAAAAGGCCUGGUGUGAAUGCUGCAAGUGUACUUGACGACUACUUGCUAGGACCGGUCUAUUACCUGACUUGGCUAAGUCUAUAAACUAGCAAGGAGUAGGUCUACAGCCUGAUGAGAAUUAGAUCUACAUAUUUCUGGAGCCAUGUAAUGAUAUGAGGCAUUGUAUGAGAGCGUAUCAUUGCUUGGCUUCGGGAGGCCCAGUGUCUUGGCUAUGCCUGUUUCUGUGACGGGAUAGGUGUAUGUCCUGGUCGGAGGCCGUGUGGAUAAUGUGUUUGUGGUCUUAAAAAAAUAUAGAGGGUUUUGAUUCCAGGGCCCCUACGUUGAUCCUGAUGCUGACCCCCUUGGCGUCAUGAUUCAUUUGCCUUCAGUAGAGGUUUCCUAUGGAAAAACUGAUUCUGCUUUGGCUUCCUCUUCAGGGUGAUGUACAGUGUAGACACAUUUCUCCAGAGAGCUAUAUUGUUAUCAUUUGUAAACUGAUUUCUACUUGUGACUUAAUGAGGAGGGGUUUAGCCUGGGGCGGCCAGGAAGAGCCAGUUUGAAAGAUGUUGUUCCCGGCCGCCUUGGGGGAAGUUACUAUAUCACUGUACUGUAUGGCAAGCCAAUUACAAAUGGAGACUCAAUCCGGACACUUAUUGCCUUCUUAAAUAACCUUUCACAUACACACAAACAAAAAUAAUAACACAGCAGACAUGUCAUUUGCCAAGAGGCAAAUGCCCGAAGUUUAUGACAUUGCUCUGCUGAUAUACGGUCAACAACAACAACAAUAACAACAAAACCAUUCAGCCUGAUAGGCUCAAAACAACCUUGACUGAAGUAGCAGACAGGGAGAAUAUAUCUGAAAAUGGCUUCAAAUAUUUCAACUAUUUGAAGCAUUUUUUUUUUUCAGCUGUAAUUUCGCCCAGGUCUGGUAGGGGGUCAACAGUGGUUAAAGGGCUGCUGGUUGAGCCGGCAGCUUCGCGGCUGACGAGAGAAUUUAGCGUGUGUAUGUGUGUGUUUUGUUGUCGAUCACAAGGCUGGUUCAAGAAAGAGUCCUCACAGGUUUUUACAUUUAACAUGAUAGGUGCAAGCUGUGCAACUUUACAUUCAAACCAGGAGACUCUGUGGCAUUUUAACAGUCAAGGAAAUGAGUGAAAAUCCACGCCAGUAAAACUAUUCCUUAUUCUUUUUUUUUCUUUCUGAUGACAUAAAUCCUAUACAGUCAACUAUUAAGCUAAUAGAGUGUGUAACUUUGUGCUACUCUUGUCCAAUAAAAGCUAAGUGGAUCCAUAAAGCUCUUUUUCAGCAAAUCAGGGUAAUAUCGUUCUUCUAUCUGACAUAUGUGAUGACAUAUAAAAUCAAAAGAAAAUAUAUUUAUGUAUUCCAAUUAAUGUCGCCAUUCUUUACUAUGUACAAAAUAUCGUGAGUGUGUGCGUGUGUGUGUGUUAUGAAUUAUCAAUGUCAAUCAAUAUGGUGCAAUGCUCUCUACACAAGCUGAAAAAAAAGGCCAACAGACUUGUCACAAGAAUUCACAAAGUUUUCUCCGCUUUCUCCAAGACGAUAUUAAAACAUACUACAACAUUUCCCUCUCACAAAGGAUUUGACUCUGAUUUCCAGCCAUGAUCCGACUAGAGUUUGUCACAUGGUGCUGAUUACUUUUCAUUAUCCAAGAAAUAAUCCAAGAAUUAAACUGGCAUCUGCAUUCAGAUCCACUCAAACAAUGUCCAUGUGACUGAUUAUUGUUCUCAUACCAGACUCCCCCCCCCCCCCCGAUCAUUUUCAUUGAUUCUAACUGUCCCUGUUGGACCAAUCAGAAGAAGCUUCACACUCAGUCUUGCUCUAAAUGGUGAUUUCUGUAUUCUUGACCUGUAUGAUCAUUAUUGUUAAGCACACACAUUUUUCUUUGUAAAAGCCAAACUCUUGGAUUUGAUACCACUACCCAAAGUCACGGAGGAUCUUUAUUCCAUUUGAGAGGAACAAAAUGUUCAGCAUAACUGCAAAAUAAAUAUUCUGGUGUAUUAGGAUAUUGUUCUUGUUUGGCUGAUCUCUGCAAGGAUUUUAAUAGCAACAAAACAAUGUUAACACAAGAAAAUUGAAAAAGCAACAUGUUGCUAUAUAUCCAACUUAUACAAAACAAUGUUCAGAGGAAUUAUUUGGUAACGUUUUGAUUUUAAAGUCCAUAAUGUCAGAAUAAUUUCAAAGAAGUUUCCUAGAAAGAACUGUGUAACUUGGUAAUAAUUACAGGGAAAAGAGAGACAUUGUUCAAUUUAUACACAUCCAAUUAAUUAAUCCAAGUAACAUAACCCAGAGAGUCUUUUAGUCAGUGCAAAGCAGGUCAGCUGAACUUGCAAAAAAUUGGAAAUUAGUCGACAAGCCAACCUAUAAUUCAGCAUAUAUGAAGAGUUUUAAAGUUUACAAUAAUACACAAAUAUUUAGUUGGUUUAAAGCUGCUCUAAUCAAGUUGUCAUCAUAGUGACUCCAUGGAGCAUGUUAGCAGCAUUUAGUUCAUUGUUUUGGUUUGCAGCUGCAAGUUUGCUGUUUUGGUUGACUCUCACUGUUCUCAUCAGCGUGUCCGCAGUUGAUAAACCAACUGUACUUUAUCUGCACAGCACCAAAAAGCAGACAGACAAAGUUAUCGACUAGCUGUUGAACAUAGUGGAGCAUCUAGCAGCUAAGAGCUGCAUAUUUCCCUCAUGAGUUGGUGGAGACCAAAAUUGAGCUAAAAGAAGAUUAAAUAUUGGACUUGUUGGACAGAAACACAAGAACUUUAUGAGGUGAAACGUCAUGGUGUUUACAGCUUGUUCUGCUGCCUUCAAGUCAUUAAAACUCAAGUUAAUGCAGGUUUAGAUGGAGAACUUCUGUCAAAUAAAUGUUCUGUUUUCCUUGUAGUUAGUACCAAAGUACACUUCUCUCCUGGAAACUUCUUAGGAAAUCACUCAGCAGUAAAAUUAACGUUACCAAAUAUUCUUGACUUUAUAAA